AUGCAGGAUCCCCAUCGGCAAUCGAACGCCGGAAAUGCGUCCGGUCAUUGCCCCUCCUCCUCCUCCUCCUCGCCUCGAAUCCAAGUCCAGCUCGAGGACGUGUGGUUCGGCGUCACCGAUCCGAAGGAGCGACGCAGAUUACAAAACCGGCUGAACCAGCGAGCCCGAAGACAACGCCAGCAUGCGUCCCAAGCGCAACCGGCGACUUCCGAACCCCAACCCUCCCUCCCUCUCCCUCUCCCUCUAGCCCUCCACCUCCAACACCUCGACAACCUCCACAUCCUCGGCCCUAAAGCCGCCAACUCCCGCCUCACAAUCCAACACCUCGAAUCACUCAUCCACACCGAGUUCGCCACGGGCUCACCCCGCACCGACCUCCUCCUCGGAAUCACCCGCCUCAACUUCCUGCGCGCCCUAAACACCAACAUCGACGUCCUCGGCUACCAACCCAGCGCCAUGGCCCCCGACGACGCAAAAUCCAUGUUCAGCAUGAUCGGGCCACGAUGUCCGCGCACCCACGAUCGGGAAUCCGUCCUCCCGCCAGCCCUCCAGCCAACUCUGGUCCAGCGGACCGUCCCGCAUCAUCCCUGGCUGGAUCUGAUCCCCGUGCCGCAGAUGCGCGAUAAUCUGAUUCUCGUCGAGGAUCUGGUGGAUGAUGCGCAGCUGUGUCGCGAUAUGUGUGGGAAUGGGACCCGGGCGAGGGGUGUGGGGAUUGGGGAGACGGGGGUGAUUGUUUGGAAGGAUCCGUGGGAUCCGGAGGGGUGGGAGGUCACGGAGACGUUUGUGAGGCUGUGGGGGUGGGUGGUCAGGGAUUGUUGGGAGCUGUUUGCCUCGACGGAUGCGUGGAGGGCGAGGAGGGGGGAGAGGUCGCUGUUUCGGGGGUACAGCGCAGAGUACUAUUGCUUGGAGAUGAUUGGGAUGCGGCGAGAGGUCAAGACCACCCACCCACUUGGUCAAAAGGACGCAGUGCCUGCAUAA